UGGGAGGAGGGUUUAGAGCUGGGGCAGGCAGAGCAAGUCAGAGAGCCAGGAACUGCAGGAAGCCGUCCAGGGAAGGAGCAGUGAGGGGAAAGCCCAGAACGGCUGAAUUGAGGGUCCCUGGACGGGAACCUGGAAUGGGGGCAGGCCUAGGUUCCCCUAGCAGUCACUGAGGGCGUGGUAUAGAUCAGUGGGGCAGUGAAGGGGAGGAGUGCCUGGGUCAUUAGGAAGAACAGAGAAUGGAAGGACUUUACCCCAGAAGCAUGGAGAAGGCUGCCUGACCUCCCUGGAGGGCUGAGUCACAAAGUGGAUGCUGUGGUUCCUGGGAGAAGAGAACACAUGCAGGGAUGGUCUGACUGCAUGCAAACUGUGGAAGCUGGGGGUUCACCUUGAGAACUAAUCCCCAGAGUGACCAAGACUGGGUGCCAGACUUGUGAAUAUGCCCAAAGGUGGAAAUUCUCUUGGACCUUCCCAGCCCAAUAGAAAACAUCUGCCUCUGCAUUUCCUAUGCAUCGUGUUCUCCCCUGUCCUGCAUAUUGUCCCCUCAGACUCAGUGAAUUUCAAAGUGGUCAGCCCCGCUCAACUCCUCAUGGUGUCUGUGGGUGAAGAUGUCCUGUUGCCCUGUCACCUCAGCCCCAGGAUGAAUGCUGAGGACAUGGAGGUGAGGUGGUUCCGGUCCAACUUCCCUGAAGUGAUCCAUUUGUAUCAGGAUGGGAAAGACCAGCCUGAGCAGCAGAUCCUGGAAUUCCAGGGGAGGACAGAGCUGCUGAGAGAGAACAUCACUGAGGGAAGCGUUGUCCUGAGAAUACACAGCAUUAGGCCUGCUGACGAAGGACAGUACAGCUGCUUCUUUCAGUCUAGCACCUUCUAUGGAGCAGCCUUGUUGGAGCUGAAGGUGGCAGGUUUGGGCUCUGGGCCCCACAUCUCUGUUGCUGACUACGAGGACGGUGGGAUCCGGGUGGUGUGUACAUCGGGUGGGUGGUACCCAGAGCCUGAAGUGCUGUGGAGAGAUUCUAGUGGGCAGCAUGUACCAUCAUUGUCCCAAAUGAAAUCCCAACAGGAAAAUGGCCUGUUUGAAGCUCAGAUUUCUGUUGUUAUAAAAGAAAGGACACAUCCUGGUUUGAAUUGUUACAUCAGGAAUCCCCGCCUCAACCAAGAAAAAGAGUCAACAAUUCACAUAGCAGACCCGUUUUUCCCAAGGACUUCCCUCUGGGCGGUGGCUCUGGCUGUGGUCCUGAGUGUCCUGGGUUUUCUCAUUUUCCCAGCCAUUUACUAUUCUUGGAUGCAGCACAGAGAGAAAGGGAAACUCUUGGCUGAACUUCGGUGGAGAAGUGCCCAAGUACAUGCAGUGGAUGUGACUCUGGAUCCAGCCACAGCUCAGUCCAACCUCAUCCUGUCCGAGGAUCGGAAAAGUGUGAGACACGGAGACACACAACAGGAUCUUCCCGACAACCCGGAGAGAUUUGAACCUUAUGUCAUUGUUCUGGGCACGGAGGGGUUCACGGGCGGGAGGCAUUACUGGGAGGUGGAGGUGGGAAAGAAGCCUGAGUGGACUCUGGGGGUUUGCAGGGACUCUGUGAGGAGGAAGGGAAGUAUCAGUGUCACAUCUGAGAGUGGGUACUUUGUGGUGUGUUUGAGAGACGGAGAAAAAUACUGGGCCCGCACUUCCCCCCUAACUCGCCUCCCUGUGAGUGUCAGGCCCGGCCAGGUGGGGGUUUUCCUGGACUAUGAGGCAGGUGAGGUCUCGUUUUACAAUGUGACUGACCGGUCCCAUCUCUUCACUUUCACUGGCACCUUCUCCGGGAUGCUCCGCCCUUAUUUCAGUCCUUGUCUCAAUGAAGGGGGUAAAAACGUGGAUCCCCUGAUAAUCCGCCCGGUCCCGGCUCCGCCCGGAGGGAAUCCCGGUCCCUGCCAGUGACCCCCGCAGCAGAGACUGGCCCCUCCCACCACUGACCAGCCCCCAGGCCUGUUCCCAGGGGGAGGGUGUAAAGGCAUCAGCUGCCUGCCCCCGCUACCUCCUCCCCUCUCAGCUCUCAGCACCAGGCCUGUGAGCUGAAGGGAGAGGAGAGAGGGAGAGAAGGGGUGGGGUGAGGUGAGGUCAGGCUGCGUGGAAGUGGGGAUGCAGGGGCAGAGGGAGGUGCAGGUUCCUGGGCAUAUAAAGUGAAAAUGUGGGUCUCAUGCUGCAGGCAUUUCAGACAAUUAUUUGCACAUUGAGUGUGAGUGACAGUCAGAGAAAUGCUCCUGCCUGGCCUGGUCUGAAGGGAGAGAGUCUCGAACAGUUGGGGGAGUCCCACGGCUCUGGGGAGGGCACUGGCCUGACUCAGCUACAGCACAGAGUCCUGCUGAGACAGGCAGUGUGGGAGGAGAGGGGUUGGUUGGCUUAGGGGAUGAAGUUGCUGCCCCUGACU